AUGUUUAAAUUAUUUGUAUUCGUGGCCCUGUUGGCUCUGGUCAGCUGUGAGGUGCAAAGGAUUAAGAUACACCAAAGUGGGCAUAAGAGAGAUCAUCGUCAUGUCAAGCAGGAGAUACGUUGGCUCAAGCAUAAAUAUCACCAGCUGAUCGAAAGUAUUAUCGUCUAUGAUUAUGGAGUACCCGACUAUGUGGCACCCGAUUACAAUAACGACUAUUACGACAAUUCUAAUACCGAUUCCACCACAAAUGAUACGGCAACAAUUGAAGAGCUAGGUAAUAGCAUGAAUAUGUAUUACUUUGGCACCAUUGGCAUUGGAACUCCAGAGCAAUAUUUCAAUGUGGUUUUCGACACGGGUUCAGCCAAUCUCUGGAUACCUUCCGUGCACUGUGCGAGCACAGAUGUGGCCUGCCAACAGCACAAUCAAUACAAUUCCAGUGCCUCUAGCACUUAUGUGGCGAGCAGUCAAAACUUUUCCAUUGAAUAUGGAACUGGCAGUGUUACUGGUUUCUUAGCCAUAGAUACGGUGACAAUUAACGGUUUGUCUAUUGCAAAUCAAACCUUUGGGGAGGCCAUCACCCAGCCGGGUAGCAGUUUCGAAAAUGUUGCCUUUGAUGGCAUCUUGGGAAUGGCAUAUCAAACGAUUGCUGUUGAUACGGUGGUCCCACCAUUCUAUAAUCUCUACGAACAGGGUCUAAUUGAUGAGCCCGUCUUUGGCUUCUAUCUUGGCCGCAAUGGCACAGCAACGGAUGGCGGUGAAUUAAUACUUGGCGGAUCAGAUGAGAGCCUCUAUGUGGGCAAUCUUAGCUAUGUGCCAGUCUCUCAGCAAGGCUAUUGGCAAUUCGCUGUGAACAACAUUACCUGGAAUGGCACAGUUGUUUGUGAUAAUUGUCAAGCAAUUGCUGAUACUGGAACUUCAUUGAUUGCCUGCCCAUUCAGUGCAUAUAGCCAAUUGAAUCAACUCAUCGGUGCCUUGUAUGUAGAAGGCAGCUAUUAUGUAAGCUGCUCAACCGUCGACUCUUUGCCGGUGCUCAGUUUCAGCAUAGGUAAUGGCAUUUUUGAGUUGCCACCAUCUGCCUAUAUCAGCACUUUUGGCGAUGGCAAUAGCACCUACUGCAUGUCCACAUUCACCUAUAUUGGCACCGAUUUCUGGAUUCUGGGCGAUGUCUUUAUUGGUCAGUUCUAUACAGAAUUUGAUUUUGGAGAGAAUCGUGUUGGCUUUGCGCCAGUGGCAUAAAUUCAUCAAUAAUACCAAUA